GCAUGCGUCAAGGAGCAGGAGCACUACAUGCACGGCCGACAUGAAAAUCCAACAGAGCAAUGGGUGAACGAUCAGAUUCACCUGGCAAGCCGGUCAAAUCACGAGCGCCGCUGGAUGAAGCCCACAGAAACGGAGGAGCUCCGACAUAGAAUGCGGGAUGAAUUCCUAUACGAAUAUGAGGUGGAAGCGCAAAAGUGGAUGACAUACGAAGAAGAGAUGAGACGAAGAAUGCGGGAGCGUGAGGAGGAGAAGAACCGCCUGAUACAAACCGAAGUCAGACGAAUCCAAGCGCGAGUCCGCCAGCGGAGAGACAGCGAAAGACAUAUUAUUGCUGAAGAGCGAAGGCGGGAAGCCGACAAGGCGAAGGAAAGAGUGAUGAGAGAACAAGCGAGGCUGGAACGAGCAACAAUAGACGCCUGGAAUGUGUACGAGUUGCGAUGGGCAGCGCUAUCCGCUGUGUAUGACGGAAUCGUUCUGAAAUUCCGUGAUAUCCCAUGGCCGCUACUUAUUCCUCCGUUGACUCCAAGUGAGAUCACUGCGGAGGGAAUAGUAGCAUUCAUUUUGUCGCCAGGCCAUUCCCCAGAGCAGUCCCCGAAGGAGAGGAUACGUGCUGCUCUGCUCCGUUGGCACCCAGACCGAUUCUGUCGUGUACUGGGGAGAGUGCGAGAAUCGGAGAGGAAUGCAGUUGAGGAAGGCGUAGGGAUUGUGGUUCGAUGCCUGAACGAUCUUCUGACGAAGGAUAACAAGGCG